ACAGUGCUCUACGAAGGAGACAGGUAUAUUUCCCAAACAAAACUCACCGUCUAAUAGGCGGUCAGUGUGAGGACCUUGGAACUCAUGAACGUCUUCUGAUACCUUAGGUUUUUAUAUGAAUAAAUGAUCGUAGAUUACAAUGGACGGUAAUCUUUGUAAGAGGCGUUGAUGACGACUCUGGAACUAGCAGAGGAGAUGUCUUGUCCAGGCACACUGACCAGUGAAACCAGACAUCUCUAAAGAACUCAAGCGACAUGACGAGACGAGCAGACGUCACUCACUUCUGGCUUGUCGUCAUAGAUGUCGUUCUGCACCUAACUUCAACUGCAGAAGGAUCGUGCACGUACAGCGUGUUUCAGGCCAAAGAGGGGCAGCAAGUUCACUAUAAAGGUCGUUAUCCUGGACCCGCUAGCCUUAGUCAGUGCAAGGAGUGGUGCGACACACUGCCUGGGACUGACGGCAAACCGUGCGUUGCCUUCGAUAGGAAAGGCGGCUACUGUUUUAAAUACACCACAAGCCAAACCCUUUCCAACCAUGCUGCUUCCAAUCACUACAUAAGAACAUGCACACCAGAUGCCUGCACCAUGUCGACAAGAACGUCAGGCACGGCGGGUACCAGCUCCUCUGUGGUGGCGGUUCCAAUGUCGUCGACGGGGGACUGUAGCGGGGUUUGCAAAUACCUUGGAGACUGCGAAGCCGUUUCUUACAACAACGGCGUCUGUAGCAUCUUCAGUGCAGUGACGUCGACGACACAGUCAGACAACGUCGACUACUACAAAACAACCUGCCGCAACGGUAACCGAUGUUGCAUGGAAACAACGACAGACAAGAAGGCUACUGAUGCCGCCGUAAUCACUCUACAACAGACAGUGGACUCGUGCGAGGCGGCUUGCCUCAACUACGACAACUGCGAAGCCGUCCACUACAAGAACAACGUCUGCUACUUUCACCUUGCCACCGCCACGUCGUCCGCCGACGUCGGAAGUACUUUCUCCACGAAAUCAUGUACCGGUGAUGCCACGGACGGUACAGCUACUAUCAUGCAGUCCUGUCCAGCAACGUCUGGCUCGUACAACUGUAAGCGCACGGGUCAAGAUUGCGCUAACGGCGGGACGUGUCAGGACGACGGAACUUGUGACUGUGACAGCAGUUUUAUUGGUCCUGACUGUCGUGUUGCAGCAGCUGUUACACAAAAUGCUAACCCACCGUGUACGAGCUCUGACACCUGUGGGCCGCCAAACAACGGGGUGUGUGGCAAGUCUAGCAACAAUGACGUCAUGUGCGUGUGUAACGCCGGGUGGGACGCGCAGUCGCAGACUGACCCGAAGUGCACGUCAGGUCGAUACAAAGUGGUGUGUUCUCAUGACCGGAUGAUCAUCAACAUCAACCCGUACGGCACAUUCACUGGACAGAUCUACGUCUGGAACAAACCCGACUGUACAAUCACCGACAACUACGACACCCUGUCGCCGUCACAGACGCAGUUCGUGGGAGGAAAAGUCAGAGAAAUUCUCCACAACGACGUUACGUGCGGGUCUGUCACACCAGUCAGCGAGAAUGGCGUCACCAAGUAUACGCGUGACGUGUUGGUGCUAUAUAAUCAAGAUUACGUGUCCUCGCUGGAUGAGGUCCUCACAGUCGAGUGUACCGUGGAUGAGAAUAACAACGUCUUCAGCUACGGCAUCGACACAAACGCUCUUGACAAAUCACAUCUGACAAACUCUAAAGCAGCCAACGAGUUACAACCAGUGUCGAUAGAGGUCAUGGUGGACGGAAUCCCGUUAACAGCUGGCAACAGUGUCAACGUGGGUCAAACACUCUCCUUUACUCUGUCUGUAGGGUCAGGACUAAGCACGCUCCUCCUGUAUGGUGUUAGAAUAGACAACGCGAUGGACUCUGAUAACCAGUUUCUCGAUCUCCUAGAAAACGGGUGUAAGAGCGUAACACGGGGUUCGGACAUCUGGGUGUCACUGCCACAGGACGUGGACGGUCCCAACAAGGUCAAGUUUGAAGUCAAAGUUUUCGUCUUCACCAAGUCUUCGACCUUGAAAGUGACCUUCACCACCCGAGUCUGCGCGUCUGUAUCAGACGCUCUUUGUACUCGCAUUCCCUGUUCUGGCAGCCAGUCCUCUGGGAGGAAGAAGCGUCUCGCUGGAGAAAUCAAAAACCAGACGACAAUUCUGGAAAAAACGUUCCAUGUGGCCUACCCUUCCACAUCAGGAGAAAGAGAGACACUGACUGACAAGAGAUCUGGUAAAGAGGUGUGUGAGACCAGUGACGUCAUGCUAGGCACCGUGUCGGCUCUGGCAGCACUGGUGGUCGUUCUAAUCGCACUGCUGGCUGGAAUUAUCAUCAUGCACACAAAGUCCCGAUCAUCCAGGAAAAUCAACAAGAAGCAGAGGAUGUAAAGUGCAUAGAGUUAUCCCCCAUAUUUCACUCUCUCAAGAAGUGAAAGGCAGCAGAAACCAAUCGACUAGUAUACAGCUUAUUGCUUAUAUUUGAUAUCUGUUAUAUAUUUAACCAGAGUAUUUGUCAAACACUUGUUAUCAACACUGUUUUGGUAGCUAUUCACAACAACACGGUUCCACGACAUUAUCAAAGUAUUUAAGAGGGAUACAGGCUAGAUGGUUUGAAUUCAUACGUAUAGGUUUAUGGUUUUAGUGGCAGUCUUCUCUGUGUUGUUGCGUGCACCCUAAAGAUAUUUAGCUUGGAACACACCAAUAAGAAUAAUUGCACUUACCGUCAUUAUCGUAAUUUACGUCUUGCUUUUCUUGAUAGUGGUAUAUUUUGUAAUCACAAUUUUAUUGUCUUUAUUUUAGUCAUGUUAUUAUAAUCAUUAUGCCUCUUUUAUUGUGAUAAAUCUCAUUAUGAACAUUUAUAACAUUUUCUUGAUUUUCGUAAAUAUUAUUAAAAUUGAUCUGUCCUGUUUUCAAUUAUGUAAAAUCUUAUGAAAAAAAACCCCGCUAUGGUCAUGUUUCUUUUAUUUUAUGCAAACUGUAAAGUCAGUUUAAAGUGUACCUAUUUCUAUUGACUUUGUUGCGAAUUUAUAUACAUACCAGCCAGAGGCGGAUAUAGCUGGGGGUGUGACAGUUAUAAUUUUAUUAUAUAUUGAUUUUCUUCUCCUUUUUUUACGUCAGAGAAGGGGAGAGGGAGGGUGAAUUUUGUGGAUCCGCCACUGCCAGGAAACACCCUCCAAAAGUUAAUGUGUUUAUACAUUACAUUAAAGGUGUCACUGCAUUGAUCGUUUUAUAAGUAAGUUUUAAAAAUACGCUGGCUUCCUUCCAUGAUUAUAGAUUUCUCCGACCCUGUUUCUAAUGUCGUACAUUUCUGUGGUCCUAUUCCUUUUACAUUACAGAUUUCUCCGACACUGUUUGCGUCGUUC